AUGAAGUCAUUCACUGUCAUUGUUGUCGCCGCCCUUGUUGGCUUCACCAACGCCAACCACGGCCGCAUGACCUACUACGACCCCAGUGUCGGCGCCGGCGCCUGUGGAACCACUCACUCUGACUCUGAGCAUGUCGUCGCUCUUGACGCUACUCAGUUCAAGGCUGGCGGCAACCCCAACAACGACCCAGUCUGCGGUAAGCACAUCAAGAUCAGCUACAACGGCAAGUCCACCGAGGCUCUCGUUGUCGACAAGUGCCCCACCUGUGCCUCCCAGGCCAUCGACGUCUCCAGCUCGACCUUCAAGGACAUUGCCGAUCUCUCCGUCGGUGUUGUUCAGGUUGACUGGGACUUUGUUUGA